AUGCAACCUCGACCACCGGAUUUCACUGAUGUCAACAAGGACAACAUUUCUACGCUUGAACAUGUCAUCAAAAAUGCUUUAAACCGAGCAAGUUUCAUCGCGUUAGAUACUGAAUUCACGGGUCUUGGUGGUAAAGAGGCAAAUACCAGAGCGCCUAAUAUUGAAGAAAGAUAUAUCAAUUUAUGUAAAGUUGUUAAAACACAUGCCGUGGUGGCCUUCGGAAUUACAAUAUUCGAGGAUCCAACAGCGUCUGGACAGGUAGCAUCAGGAGGACUUGAGAAGCAAUACAAUGUGUACAACUUUAAUUUUACUCUAUUGAGUCAAGUAGAUCAUAUUAUUAGUCCCCGAAGUUUACAAUUCCUGUCUGAUAGCGGCUUCGAUUUCAAUAAACAAAUCCGCAGAGGAAUUCCUUACACACCUGGACGUGAUCCGACAUCAGUUAGUUCCAAUGAUCCAAAUGCAAUAAUGCGCUCUAUAUUCUCUCACAUUCUAACACGGAAUGUUCCGAUAAUUGUCCAUAAUGGAUUUCUCGAUUUGAUAUACAUUUAUUACUCAUUUUAUGCAGAAUUGCCAGAAAAACUCAGUACAUUUGUUGCAGAUUUGGGUGAAAUGUUUCAUGCUGGCAUAGUUGAUACAAAAUAUAUUGCAGACUACGUUACUAGAGAAAAAAGUAGCUUUUUAGCUUACUUAUUUAGAAAAUACGAAAGGGAACAGGUGGAUCGCAAAAACUCUGGUGAUAAAAGCUAUUUAUUAAUACGAAUUCAAAAAGGCUGUGAUAAUUCUCAAUGGACAAAUAUGGGUGUCUAUGAAAAAACUCACACGAACGUAACAUCUUCUAAGCGACCUCUUGAACAACAGUAUUGUGAACAAUAUGCUGCGCAUGGAUUCUGUUCUCAACGAAUGAGAUGUGGAAACUCCCAUGAUUUAGAUUUUAUUUUGGAUGAACAAGCAAAAGAGGUCGACUCAAAACGUAAACGUCGUAAAAAUCAGCAUAUAGAUGAAGAAAGCAAUUCAAAAGAGCAUGUGUCAGCUUCGAUGCCACCAACUGUCAUACCGUCCACAAAACCGGACCAAUAUGAUAACUAUCAUUCCGCUCAUUUUGAUGCUUAUAUGACGGGUUUCAUUUUCGCUAGGCAAUUGAUGAAAUACACAAGCGCAACUGUUAUGAAUGAAUAUAAAAAUAAGCUAUAUCUUAUAAGCAAAAAUUUACCAUUGUUGAUUGAAAAGAACGUGGUUGGAUGGACUUUAAUGAGUGUAGAAUGUUAA